CAAGUUGUAUUUACAUUCUUCCGAUGCCGCUGCAAAUUAACAUACGUUAAAAUGGAACAAGAAAAUCGAGUCGUUGUCUUGAUCGAUAUGGAUUGUUUUUAUUGCCAAGUGGAGGAGAAACUGGACCCUGAAUUGAAAGGAAAACCAAUAGCUGUGGUGCAAUACAACCCCUGGAAGGGUGGAGGUAUAAUAGCAGUAAACUAUGAGGCGAGAGCAAUGGGAGUGAAGAGAGGCAUGAGGGGUGAUGAAGCCAAGGAAAAGUGUCCAGAUAUAGAACUGCCUUCAGUGCCUUGUAAUAGAGGAAAAGCAGACAUUACUAAGUACCGAGAUGCUGGGAAAGAAGUGGCUAGAGUAUUGCAAAAGUUUACACCACUGCUGGAAAGAGCAUCUAUUGAUGAAGCGUAUCUGGACAUAACAGUUCCUGUUGACGAAAGACUAAAAACCCUCAAUGUAAACUCUAUAACAACGGAUCUCUUGCCAAACACAUUUGCCCUAGGAUAUCACAGCAUAGAUGAGUUCGUAACUGAUGUGCAGUGUGGGGGCGGGGAUUCGAUAGAUUUUGAUUACAAUCAUGCGAGGCGAUUACUGGUUGGUGCAGUUCUUGUUAGUGAGGUUCGAGCUGCUGUUUUUGAAGAAACCGGAUACAGAUGUUCAGCUGGUAUAGCACAUAACAAAAUCCUAGCAAAACUGGUUUGUGGUAUGAACAAGCCCAACAAACAGACAGUGCUGCCUAAACAUUCUAUCGAUAUCCUCUACAACACUUUAUCAAUAAGGAAAGUAAAGCACUUGGGCGGGAAGUUUGGAGACACUGUGUGUGAUGUGCUAAAAAUCAAGACCAUGGGAGAGCUACAGAAAUUUUCAGAAAAGGAACUGCAAGCAAGAUUUGAUGAGAAGAAUGGGUCAUGGUUAUACAACAUAGCACGUGGCAUUGACCUGGAACCAGUUCAGGCAAGGUUCAACCCAAAAAGUAUUGGAUGCUGCAAACAAUUCCGCGGAAAAAGCGCUCUUAUCGACUUGGAGAGCUUAAAGAAAUGGCUCAAAGACCUUGGGGAUGAAAUUGAAGAUCGACUAGAAAAAGACGCAGUGGAAAAUAAUAGGACGCCAAAACAAAUGGUUGUCAGUUUCUCGACGCAAUUGCCUGAUGGAAGGGACAUGAGUAGUUCGAGAUCGUAUAAUUUUGUGGCAGCAAAUGACCUUUGUGGAGAUUUUUUUUCGAGUAAAGCAUUGGAGCUGGUUUUGGAUAGUUCUGAAGGUGUUCAACAUGUAGAAGGAGAAAGCAACAGAAAACUAAAAGCUCCAAUCAAAUUCCUCGGAAUCAGUGUUGGGAAAUUCGAAGACAACAACGAAAUUAAGAAAAUCAGGAAAAUUAAUGACUAUUUCGGUGCUGGUUCAUCAAAUGCUAAUAAUGAUAAGGAAAGUGUAAAACAUAAUGACGUUAAAGAAUCUCUUAUAGAAAAUAAACAAAUGAACAAUGAAGAUGAGAAUAAACAAAAGAAAAAUAAAGAUGAAAGUAAACAAAAGACAAGCGAAGGUAAAUAUUACAUAAUGCAAAAAUUCUUAGUGGCAGCUGAUAAAAGUAAAGAUCAUGCUAGCUUCAAAAUUAAAGAAGAAAAAACUUCGCCACAGGCAAACACAGCCACUGUAAAGCCUAUAUGUGAAUCUACACUAGAGAAACAGGAAUCCUUUUUUGCAAAAUUCCUGAAUAAAACUAAAGAAGCACCCAAUAGUGACGUAAUAAGGCCUACAACGCCCGUUUGUAACGUAGUUAACCGUGGGGAAGACAGUAAUGAUACUAAUUAUUCUGGAUCGACCAUAAAUGACGAAAUUAAUAAAAGUAUCGCUUUGUUCGAUGAUGACCCAAAAUAUGUGGAACAAGUCGGCAACAUGAGGGAUCAGCUACUGAAUAAAACAAAUACUGGUAUAAAUGAGGAAGAUGUUAUUGAACCUCUUUUACAAACUGAUAUAAAAAUAGCUCCAGAAUCUAAGUGUGACAAUAUCGAAGAGGAACCAGGAACUUCAAGACGAACAAAUACAUCUACACAAGUACUGAAUACUUUUGAAUGUUCUGAGUGUAGGAAAAUAAUUCAAAUGGACAUGAUUGAUACACAUUCUGAUUACCAUCUAGCACUGAAAUUGCGAGAAGAAGAACGCCAACGCGUUAGGAAUGAAACCAAAAGCAAGACUGCUCCAAAAGUUGUUAAAGAAACAAAUACAAAUUCUAUGAAGAAGAAAACUGUAAUUGAAGAUAAUAGUAGUAAAAAUGAUCCAGGAACAUCAAUAGCAAAUUUCUUCUUGAAAUUUGAUGACACAAUGCCUGUAGAAACGUGCUCUGAAUGUGGGAAAAAAGUGCCUCUGGAUAAUUUUGCAGAACAUUUAGAUUUUCAUGAAGCUCAAAAACUUAGUAGAGAAUUGAAUAAAAGGGAUACUCCGAGUUAUGUUGUGGGUAACAGUGCGAAGAGGAAAAAGAAAUCUAUUUCACCCAUGAAAAAGCCCAAGUUACAUUCUAUUUCUACAAAAUCUAUCGAUUCGUUUUUUAGGUAGCAGGUGGUGGCCGUUAGUAAAAAUUUUUUGAAGAGAAUGAUAAAGAGAAUCUCUGUUUUAUUGAGGGCUGUUUAUGUUGCGUUAGAGCGAUAGCCCACUUUGUUAGCCACGUAUCAGCACCGCGCCUAUACGAAACAUUCGCUUCAUACUGGGUAUCGUUUCGACGCUUAGUAAUAACCAGCAAAAAUAUUGAUAUCGAUGUACUUGUUAAAUGAUGUUUUUAUGAGAAGUUAAAAUGUAUAUGUAUAUCAGACCUUACGAUAAACUUUGUUAUAUGGAACAAAAAAAAUUAUUU